AUGGGUGCCGGAUCCUCAACCCCCGCCCCCGAGGGUCGCUCAGCUCGAGAAGGUGUCCUCGCCGGCGUCAUUGACGCCAUCAGCAGCACCAUCCGCACCAUGGACCUCCCUCCCGCCAUCACCGACAGGGCCCGGGAGGGCAUCCGGCUGAGCGCCGGCCUUCGUCGCCACUUCCUGUUCAACACGGGACAGGACGCCGACGACGAUGUUGCGGCCACGACGCUCGUGAUGAUGGCGGGUCUGGCGACCAAGGCCCGGCAGGCGUGCAACAUCCGCGACUACGUGACUCUCCUGGUCGAGGACACGGUGCUUCGCCUUAGCAUGGACCUAGUUGGUGCCUUUAGGACGACGGACGCGGCGCUGGUGACGGACGUGGAAAAGGGGUUGCUCGUGCUUUUGUAUUAUUGCCACGAAUCCAACAUCAAGGACUCACCGGACGAGGCGAUUGGGCAUUUGUGUAAGCUUGCUGAAAAGUACGGCGACAUCAAGGACCUUGACACGCGCAAGGAGCCACUGACAGAAACCGAGGUUUACCUCUUCUGGGCUCUAGCCUUCCUCGUCGCCAACAUCACGGCCUCCGUCCCCGAGGCCAACCUGACGGCCGAGUCCCGCACGCGCCUGGCCGCCGAGCGCGGAGUGCAGCUCAACCGACUGCUCACCGCCUGCGAGAUGCUCCUGUCGGAAGGGCGGCUCGACCAGGCGUGCUUCUGCCUCGCGUUCCUGCGGCGCAUGGUGGCGGGCGAGGAGCGCGCGUGGUGGAAGUCGAGGGCCAAGAGGAUCGCCAAGGAGCUGGGCCGGAGGAGAAAGGUGAGGCAAAAGUGGCACGAGGAGUUUGCGGCGCAGGCGGUUCGGGAGGUGGUCAAGGCACCGGAUGUGCCGGGGACGGAAGGGUGGGAGGCGAGGACGUCUAUCUCGUUUUCGAGGGAAGACUUGCGGUUCGAUCCGGAUCCGAUGAAGGGGCUGUAA